UCUCUAUCUCUAUCUCUAUCUAUCCGUUCCAUGCUGUAUUGUACAAUUGUGCAAUACUUCACCAUAGCCUUCUGCCGACAUACCGUGUGCCCAGCUUCCUUCCUCCCUUCUCUUACACAUAACUCGCCAGAAUUACGAUGUGCAAUCACCAACACAACAUGGCAUCUCCCCUAUCCCUGUGCGGGCCAUGCACACGCUUUCCACGGUCCCAUUCUGCGGCUGUAUGGGUAAUCCUCCCAAUGGGGCUACAUUGCUUCAGCCAAGACGAUACCAAGAUGAUACUGAUGAUAGAAAUGGCCCUGGUGCUAGUUCAGUGCUGGUUCGAUGCUGGUUUGAUGCAGCAUUAUUCACACCUAUCGCCGCCAUCCACGGUAUUAUUAGACGGUAGGAUCAAUUUCAAUGGUAGGUCUACGAGCCUGAAUGCCCUGGCUGAAUAACUAAGGAAAGGGGUGAUAUUAUGAGAAGACUACCUAAGACUACCUAGUCUUCUCAUACUAUCACCCCCUUCCUUCGUCCCUUUCUUGCGCCAGAUUCACGUCUUGGCAUAUUCUACUUCUCUAUUUCUCAAAUAUGCCUCACUUUCUCAAAAAUCCUGUUGACACCUCUCAUCCGCCCUGAUGACAUCUCCAUUGAGGAUGUUUGGGAGAUUCACCCCCGUUUUCUACAUCUUCAUCCCCUUAGUCGCCAUCACCACACUCUACACUGUCCUCUUUCGGCUCGAUCGGCCCCCACGCUCUCAUAAUCUAUCCUUAUUUCCUCUCCCGAGCAGCUCGGGUUCUCUCUCUGCCUCCUCAUUCCCAGCUCUCCGCAAUCUCUGCAACGAAACAGAAUGGACGGAAGGCCUCUGGCUCCAAUGCCACAAUAAUGUCGGGCCAUCCAAGACCUCGAUGCGGGGCGGCCUCAGCAAUCUACGGAACAGGAUGCAGACCUGCGUACGCCUUGCCAUCUCCGCUGGCGCCGGUGUCAUUAUCCCCACAUUCGCUACACGCAGCGAUACCGACCUGAUGGAAUAUAUUACAGAAGAAUGCCCUGAAGGUCUCUUUGACACCAAACUCUACCAGCAGUCUCUCUCCGCCGCCUGUCCCCAGCUGAACAUCCGCGCCUGCAAAGACACGAAAGGCCUCGACACCACCGUCGAUGCGAAGUUCCGGAAAUACCUCGAGCCUAGCCAUUCCAACGACACAUUCCGCGCGCUCAUCGACGACACAAUCGCUAAGAGCGAGGUCGUUAGUACGCGCGCGGAAAUCAGUAAGGAUAGGCCGGUGCGGAUCUUGUAUGGGGAUCCGUAUCUGGCGUGGAACUACACUGCGGCGGGUGAGACGGAGGUGAAGAAGGAGUUGUUCAGGGCGCUGAGGUAUAAUGAUAAGUUAUCCCAGCUCGGCGGGCGGGUUUUUGAUGCGCUGAGGGAGACGGUUAGUGGGCCGGUUGUGGCGGUGCAUUUAAGGGGGGAGAAGGAUUGGCCGAAUAGUUUUGGGGAGUUGGGUACGCAGAUCGACCUUUAUACUCAGGCGCUGCUGGAACUGCGCAAUAACACGCUGGGCGGCAAUGAUACUGCGACGAUCAAGGAUGUCUAUGUCAGUUGUGGAAACCCCGACGCGAUUCGAAAGUUUGAGAAGAGGUUGGAGCCGUUAGGAUAUAUCGUCCACGAUAAAACGAGUCUACUCAGCAAGCACACCAAAAUCCUGGAUAAGAUCGAAAGGCUGAGGUUCGACGAGAAGGCGAUUACGGAGUACGAUAGUCUGGUGUCGGCGGAUUACUUCAUGGGGAUCCUGACGAGUAGUUUGUCGGCUAUAGUGGCGUAUGCGAGGACGGUGGAUGGGGAUGGGGAUUACUUUGAGGAAUAUAUACAUCCGAAUACGACAAGGGGGAAUUUCGUGGAUAGGGUGUUUCCGGAUUCGCCGUCUGUGAGGGGGGAUGGGAAGACGAAGCUUAUGGUUCUUACCGGGGCCGAUAUCAUGGACUGUUUUCCGUGAGGUGGUGGGGUGCGGUUUUUUGUAUAUCAAAUAUGGUGGUUCUACGAUGGCGCCGUGCGUGUUGGAGAUGAAGAUGAUACCCGUAGAGUGGCUGAGGGUAUGGGGCCCAGGUUUUAAUAAACCCACUCCUCCCUCACGGAGUCCCUUUAGAGAUGGCCUACUAAGUUCAGUUGAGGCAGGAACGCCAUCUAGCACAUCGCUCACAGGUCAUCUUGCCAUACUAGUCUUGCCAUCACGAUUCAGGGGCUGGAUAAAAGUAUGGAUUUGUUGAUGAGCUAGAGAACGGCAUUAUUACACUUGGGAUGGCGCAUGCCAUGUAAUGUAUAUACUUGUAUUGAUAAUACAAUAGAG